AUGCCAGUGCGGGACCGCAAGCAACCCGGCAACCGCCAGGGUUCGCAAGGCUCUGGUAAUAGUUCGAUAUCGCAAGACACAGUGCGAAACUCUGAGAGUCGGUCUCUAGAUCAGGCCGCGGCCUCCUCGGGGGGUUACAAUGCCGAUUCGUUUUCUGGUUCCUCGAAAACGGACAACAGGCCGGAGAGUUCGAAGCCCCCUCGGAUUGAUUGGGGAAAUUCCAUGUGGUCAUGGAACUCCCCCAAUAUCUCCCGAACUGAACAACGCAAGGCUUCUGGCUUCAGCAACCACCGCGAAGCUUCAAUUGUCCCGAAUAACCGAGAUAGUCCCUCACAGACUUCUGCCUCAGCUCCCCGACCACCGCCCCUCAACCCCUCUCGUCUCGACCCUAAUGAGAUCGAGUCGAUUGCCCCAUGGUCCACAGCCCCCAGCAGUGGCCAAGCGGAUUCCAGCGGUACCUUUUACCACGACUCCGAACAAGAAGCGUCGCCUGCAUCAUUCACAUUUCGUCCCACAACCGGACGCACGAUAGCUAGCGAACCUGCGGAGUCAGAAUACCAGGGGGAGGAGCAUCGCCGCCCAUCUGCCGCGAGCAACACCACAGUCAGUAGUCAAGGGUCAAGGUCGAGCAUUAGUCAAAAGUUCCGAAAGAAGCAUUUGAAGGGUUUACUUGGAGACGACUAUCACUCAUCUGGGGAGCUUCACGCCGAUGAUGAUGGCUCCCAGAACCCACCAAGCAGGCGCGGGGGACCGGUCGACCAGUUGAAGGCGCGAGAGAGAGCAAACUCGGAUGGCUCGCGCAAUACGCCGGAGGGCUCCAACUGGUCGCAGCGUCCCCAGAAGCCACGGGCCAACACACCUUUGCCCUCGAGUGACAUCACACCGUGGGAUUACCAAAGCUUUAAUGAUAUUCCACAGUAUGGAGAGGCACCCGUACGACAUGUUCCCAUAGGUCCGGAUGGGCAGCGACUUGUAUCACCAGAACCCAGCACCUCAAGCCAGAAAGAAUCGGGCCGACGCGGUCCCGGCAGACACCGUCCUUCACGGAGCAAAGAGGAAAAUCCCACCGUUGCUGGCGAUCUGGCAUGGUCUCAGCCGCGGCCUGUUACUGGCAGAGAUGAUAUCGGAUUGCGGCCGUUUAAUAACUCAACAGCUGACGUGAGCGACGGCAGUGCGUUUGGAGGUCGCUCAACAAGUCCAACGCCCAGUGUCCGUAGCGCAUAUCGUGACCAUUCUGACCAGAACUCGCAGCACCCCAGAUUGGGUGGGUUCAUAAAAAAGAUACUCGGUCACGGAUCCAAAUCACAUGAUAGAUCCCGAAACUCUUCUCCGCCACGGCGCGAUAGGCAAGGUAGCCUCGAAGGAAGUACAUCUUCUCGACAUCCUGACGCGACAGACUCGGACCGGAAGAAAGAGUCCGGGAAGGGUCUCAUUGGAGGAAGAAAACUUGGUCCUCGUCGUGUCUUCACUAAUCAAGGUGGCGACACCUACAACCCCAACAGGGACGACAAGACCCAGGAGGAGAAUAAACAUUUCUUUCAUCUCGACGUUGAUAUGGGGGAUCUGAAAGGAAUUGUCCGACCGCCAUCACCAGGUCGUGUGCAGGACGGAACGGUCACUCCAGCCGACGAUUCCAAAAUCGAAAAACCGUGGAAUGCUCCUGAAAGUUGGCAGGUCAGGGGCCCCGUUGACCCUACCUUGAUGGGCUCUUCCAUCGAACCCGCCUUGGAAGAUCCGAGCACCGUUGGUCCUCGUGAACGCGAAGCUACGUACUUUAUUCGAAUUUUCCGGAUUGAUUCGACGUUUGCCACGCUCUCUGCUGGUGUGAACGCUACAGUGUCUGAGAUACUCCUGAUGCUUGGUCGGAAAUCUUUCUUGCAAGAUCAUCUCAACAAUUACGAGAUCGUUCUACGGAAGAACGACCUUUCGCGCCAGCUUGAUCACAACGAACGACCUAUACAAAUGCAAAAGAAGUUGCUGGAACAAGUUGGCUACACAGAGAAAGACCGAAUCGGGGAUAUUGGUCGCGAGGAUCACAGUUACCUCUGUCGGUUUAUCUUUUUGCCGACUAAACUGAGCGGUUACAGCAGUCUCGAGGGUGAACCCGGUUUCAAUAAGGUCCAAAAAUUCAGUCAUGUUGAUCUCCAAGGGCGCAGUCUCGUCACGAUUCCCAUCACCUUGUACGCCAAAUCCUCCGAAAUCAUCUCCUUGAAUUUGUCCAGGAACUUGUCAUUGGACGUUCCCAAAGACUUCAUUCAGAGCUGCAUCAACCUGCGGGAGAUCAAGUUCAUCGGAAAUGAGGCCGCAUUCCUCCCUCAAAGUUUCGGCUUGGCCGCCCGGUUGACUUACCUUGAUGUAUCAAACAACCGCCUUGAGGAUCUGGAUCAUGCGGGCCUUGAUCGUCUCACGGGUCUCGUCAGCAUCAAGAUGGCGAAUAAUCAAUUGACCAAGCUCCCCAGCUCGUUCGGUAACUUCCAAAGUCUGCGGAGCCUGAAUAUGUCGUCAAAUGGCUUUAAGGUCUUCCCUGAUUUCCUAUGCAACCUUACAAGUUUGGUCGAUCUUGACAUCAGUUUCAAUGGCAUUGAGGAACUUCCCAAUAUUGGCCGCUUGUCCACUCUUGAACGCCUAUGGAUUACGAACAACAAUCUAAGCGGGCCUCUCGAUGGCUCCUUCGGGGAGCUGGUGAAUCUCAAGGAGUUCGACGGGCGCUUCAACGCUAUCACCAAUAUCGAUGCUCUCUCUAGCCUUCCACGACUCGAGCAGGUAUUCUUCGGUCACAAUCUGUUAUCGCGCUUCAAGGGAUCAUUCCCAAAGCUGCGAAGUCUACAUCUUGACCAUUGCCCUUUGACACAGUUUGAUGUUGAUGCUCCUAUGCCAACAUUAACAUCUCUGAACCUUGCUUCUGGAAAACUAUCCGUAUUCAAAGAUACCAUUUUUGAGAAUUGUGUGAAUCUGACAAAACUCAUCCUGGAUAAGAACCACUUGUCCACGGUAUCACCUCAAAUUGGCAAACUGCGUCGACUGGAACAUUUCAGUAUGAUCAAGAACCCGCUAUCUUCUUUGCCUCCAACGCUCGGUUGCCUUGGGGAGCUCAAGUGCUUCAACUUGAGAGAGUGCAAUUUGACGUCGCUACCGGCCGAAAUAUGGCAUUGCUCUAAGCUGGAGGUCCUCAAUGUAUCCUCAAACAUCUUGUCGACUUUCCCAAAGUGCGGUGCUCCGUACCCUCAAGUACCCGGAGAGCCUACUGCCACACCUGCGUCUACACCAGGCGUUGUUGGAACCCCGAGCUCUGAAGACAUAGGCCCUAUGGAUGAACCGGGCUUGCGCCGACCAAGUCAAACGUCGAAUGGCGCUAUGAAGUCUACGUCGCCAAAUGGGACGUAUCGGGCACCUACUGGGCAAUCUGUUUCCCAGCAAGGUGGCAGGACCGUAUCAGCGGCAUCACGAACAAUUACCGAUCCGAACUCUACUAGUCGGAAGGACUCAAACUUCUCCCAACAGCUGGCAAUGACGUUUGCGGCAUCCCUUCGAACUCUUUCCCUCGCUGACAACAGACUUGAAGAUGACGUUUUCCGAGAACUGUCCUUACUUCCAGAACUGCGUAUCGUCAACCUUUCCUAUAAUGACCUGACAGAACUCCCACAAGGCAUCCUCAAACGAUGGCCUAUGAUUUCCGAGCUGUACCUUUCGGGUAACGAGUUGACAUCUCUCCCCUCUGAUGACCUCGAAGAGGGGAGCAAUCUCAAAGUUCUCCACCUGAACGCAAAUCGAUUCCAAGUCUUGCCUGCUGAACUUUGCAAGGUCAGCAAGCUGUCCAUACUAGAUGUGGGAAGCAACGGGCUCAAGUACAACGUUUCAAACUGGCCUUACGAUUGGAACUGGAAUUGGAACCGCAAUCUCAAGUACCUCAAUUUCUCUGGCAACAAACGCCUGGAAAUCAAGCCGAACAUUGCUUCCCUGGGUCCUCCGGCUGCCAAUGGCGCUGAUCUGACAGACUUCAACUCCCUAACCCACCUUCGGGUUCUGGGUCUGAUGGAUGUCACACUCACGAUUCCCACUAUUCCGGAGGAGACCGAGGAUCGACGUGUGAGAACUUCAGCCUCCUUGGCCGGUACCCUCGCAUACGGCAUGGCAGACUCACUUGGUAAAACCGAGCAUCUAUCUAUCAUUGAUAUGAUUGUUCCACGGUUGAAGCAGGAUAAUGUGGAAACCCUGGUGGGAAUGUUUGACGGACAGACGCUUUCCAGUGGUGGUUCUCGCGUCGCAAAGUUCCUGCACGAGAACUUCACUUCCACUUUCUCGUUUGAGCUGAAGAAGUUGCAGCAAGAGCAGGGUGAAACCCCGCUGGACGCACUCAGACGAACGUUCUUGGCAUUGAACAAGAACAUGGCAGGCUCUGCCUACAGGUCUAUUGAUGACCGUGAGGUUAGACAAUAUCAUCGAGGAUCAGCCUCGGCCAAAAAACUCAACCAAGAUGACAUCCAGUCUGGCGGUAUUGCUACUGUCUUGUAUCUGAACAAUAUGGACUUGUAUGCUGCCAAUGUCGGUGAUGCUCAGGCUAUUCUGAUCAGAUCGGAUGGUUCGAUGCUCCCUUUGACGCGAAACCAUGAUCCCGCGGAGCCUAGCGAGCGCGCGCGCAUUCGUGCAGCAGGCGGCUAUGUGUCUCGCAACGGAAAGCUCAACGAUGUCCUUACUGUCUCGCGAUGCUUCGGACACUUCCCCAUGAUGCCUGCAGUCAUUGCGGCCCCCUACACGAUGCGUUGCACUUUGACAGAACAAGAUGAGAUGAUCGUAUUGGCAUCGAAAGAACUCUGGGACUAUGUUACUCCCGAAGUGGUGGUUGAUAUCACUCGCAGAGAACAGCCCGACUUGAUGUUUGCGGCUCAGAAAUUGCGUGACUUGGCCAUCUCUUUUGGUGCUACCAACAAGCUGAUGGUGAUGAUUCUCGGCGUUGGUGAGAUUCAGAAGAAACGCCCGAAGCCUCGUCCUGCUCUUAACACCGCCUCGUCCACAUUUGCGGAGGAACAGAUCAUCCCCACUGCCAAGCGGCCGAAGAAGCGCGAUGGUCCUGGAGACUCGCGAUUGGCUCGCUUUGACUUCGUGGAUGCUCCCGACGGUGAAUUGACAAUCAUGUUCACUGAUAUCAAACAGUCCACGGGCUUAUGGGAGACAUGCCCGGAUGCGAUGCGCUCUGCUAUUCAAAUUCACAACGAUAUCCUGCGCCGGCAGCUUGGAAUCUUCGGUGGUUACGAAGUCAAAACAGAAGGUGAUGCUUUCAUGGUAGCUUUCUCAACCACUACCGCGGCCUUGCUGUGGUGCUUUAACUGUCAAAACCAACUCCUUGAGGCUGAAUGGCCCACGGAGAUUCUCGAUCAACCGCAGUGCCGAGUUGUGGUUGACAUGGACAACAACGUUAUCUUCCGUGGUCUGUCUGUCCGCAUGGGUGGUCAUUGGGGCGAGCCUGUCUGCGCAAAGGAUCCGGUCACUGGUCGAAUGGACUAUUUUGGCCCCAUGGUAAAUCGCGCAUCGCGAAUCUCCGCUGUUGCCGAUGGAGGUCAGAUCUUCGUUUCGUCAGAUUUCAUGGCCGACAUCCAACGCAAUCUCGAGAUUUUCGCUGAUGCUGAGCGUUCUGCAUCGACCAGCUCCACCGACAGCAUCUCUCGCGGCGAUAGCUUCGGUCACAAUAUUCGUCGCGAGCUGCAACAGCUCAACAGUCAAGGCUUUGUUAUCAAAGAUCAGGGCGAGAGAAAGCUGAAGGGGCUGGAGAAUCCAGAACCUCUCUACCUUGUCUACUCAUCUUCGCUUUCUGGGCGCAUGAUAUCUUCGGAAGAGUCGCGCGAUUCUGACAGCUCUGUUGCAACUAUCAGUCCUCACAAUCAGCUGGACAUCCAGACCAAUGUCAUCUGGCGUUUGUGGGAAGUCACACUUCGUCUUGAACGACUUUGCGGUGCCAUGGAACAGCCAAGUGACCCAAGUCUCAGAGAGCCCAAUGUUGCUCUCUUCAACAUGGUCAAGAGGCACGGUGGAGAGCUGAAUGACUCGACCGUCAUCAGUUUGAUCGACCAACAAGUCACUCGCAUCGAGGUAUGCAUCAACACACUCUCCCUGCGCCACAUGAUGCGUCCCUUCAGACCAGGCGAUAGGCUCAAGGACCACGCAGUCCCCAUCGGGGAAGUCUUCCAGCAACUCCAAACACAACUUGCCGAAUUCCAAGCUCUCAAGGAGCAGAUGGCCGUUGGUUCAGGGACCAACGUCGGCGGUCCACCACUCUAUGCCAACAUGCAACCCAUGGAUCCCCUCGACAGCGGUAUCACCUCCGCUUCAUCGUCUUUCCUCCACCUCCCCGGCGAUACCAAUCGCGCUAGCAAUUCCAGCCGCAGGUCCCGCUGA